AUGGAAGCCUCGGUGAUCACGGCAGCCAUGCAGCAGGAGGAGCAGCAGCUGGAGGCCGCAGGGAUGGAGCAGGAGCGGCAGAUGAUGGAGAAGGCUCGCAUGUCGUGGGACAGAGACUCGAGUGAAAUGCGCUUUAAGAGGCUUCAGCACUUGCUGGAGAAAAGCAACAUCUACUCAAAGUUCUUGCUAACCAAAAUGGAGCAGCAGCAGCUAGAGGAACAGCGGAAAAAAGAAAAACUAGAAAAAAAAGAAAUGUUAAAAACCACCAAGAAAGCAAACUCGGUAAGUGCAAAAAAGAGAGCCAGAGAAGAUGAAACAUACAAUAUCUCGGAUGUCAUGUCUAAAGAGGAAAUCUUGUCUGCUGCCAAAAAAAGCAAAGCCGAAGAGAAUCAGAAUAAAAGCUCAUCUCUGAAACUGUGUGCAGAAGAAUUCCUAAAUAAUGGGGACUCAAACAGCAUUAUUAAGAACAGGCUGUCCCAAGCGGUGCGCCACAGCGCCAAACACUUCAUUGACCCAGUGCGGACGUUUAACGGCCAGCCGGUACCUUUCCAGCAGCCCAAGCUCUUCUCUGGAGGGAUAAUGCGGUGGUACCAAGUGGAAGGCAUGGAGUGGCUGAGGAUGCUGUGGGAGAAUGGCAUCAACGGGAUUUUGGCUGAUGAAAUGGGUUUAGGAAAGACGAUCCAGUGUAUUGCCACUAUAGCCUUGAUGGUGGAGAGGGGAGUCACCGGGCCGUUCCUGGUGUGUGGGCCUCUGUCUACGCUCCCUAACUGGAUGUCAGAAUUCAAAAGAUUCGCCCCUAAGGUUCCGAUAAUGCUGUACCACGGCACCCAGCAAGAACGUCGUGCGCGGCUUCAUAAAAUCCGAAAAAGACACGAUUCUCUGAAUGUCCAUCCCGUGGUCAUCACUUCUUUUGAAAUAGCCAUGAGAGACAGACAUUCUCUUCAGAAUUUCUACUGGAAGUACUUGAUAGUGGACGAGGGACACAGGAUUAAGAAUAUGAACUGUCGUCUCGUCAAGGAAUUGAAGCAGUUCAGGACGGACAACAAGCUCCUGUUAACUGGCACGCCCUUGCAAAACAAUCUGUCCGAACUUUGGUCCCUGCUGAACUUCCUGCUGCCUGACGUCUUUGACGACUUGAGGAGCUUUGAGUCCUGGUUUGACAUUACCAGUAUUUCUGAAGCUGCUGAAGAUAUUGUGGCCAAAGAAAGAGAGCAGAAUAUCUUGCACAUGCUGCACCAGAUUUUGACCCCUUUCUUACUGAGGAGGCUGAAAUUGGACGUCGCUUUAGAGGUUCCUCCUAAGCGCGAAGUCGUCGUCUAUGCACCUCUUGUGAAGAAACAAGAAACAUUCUACACUGCCAUUGUCAACAAGACGAUUCGGAAGUUGCUGGGGGAUGACCAGGAACCAGUGGUUGAAUCGAACUCUGCAGGCAGACCAAAGCGCCGAAGUCGGAACCUGGUAAACUAUUGUGAACUUGGUAAAAACGAUUUCCCUGACAAACUGGAAGUAUUGAUCAGCGAAAGGCAAGAGGAAGUUGAAAAAGAGAGGCCCGUGAUAGAAAUGAACAUGCCUUCGAAUUCAGAAAUCAACCUGAAGCUGCAGAACAUUAUGAUGUUGUUGAGGAAAUGCUGCAACCACCCGUACCUCAUUGAAUAUCCUCUGGACCCUGCCACGCAGCAGUUUCAGGUCGAUGAGAAUCUGGUGAAAAAUUCGGGCAAGUUCCUGCUCCUGGAUCGCAUGCUGCCAGAACUAAAGAAGCGGGGGCACAAGGUGUUGGUAUUCUCGCAGAUGACCAAAAUGCUGGACAUCCUGAUGGACUACUGCUAUCUGAGGGACUACCAGUUCAGCCGCCUGGAUGGAACUAUGUCCUAUGCAGAGAGGGAAGAAAAUAUGCGUAACUUCAACACAGAUCCAGAAGUUUUUCUCUUCCUGCUGAGCACACGAGCCGGAGGUCUUGGUAUUAAUUUGACGGCUGCUGACACCGUCAUCAUUUAUGACAGUGACUGGAAUCCCCAGUCGGACAUUCAGGCCCAGGACCGUUGCCACAGGAUCGGCCAGACCAAGCCGGUGGUCGUGUACCGCUUUGUAACCGCCAACACCAUUGACCAGAAGAUUGUGGAGAGAGCUGCCGCCAAGAGGAAGUUAGAGAAACUGGUCAUCCACAAAAAUCAGUUUAAAGGAGGCAGAUUUGGAGUGAACAAGAGCUGCUUAGAUCCCAAGGAACUGAUGGAGUUGUUGCAGUCCAGAGACUUUGACAGGGAAGUUAAAGGAUCCAGAGAAAAAGUAAUAUCUGACAAAGAUCUAGAACUACUGCUGGAUAGAAGUGAUCUUCUUGAUCAAAUGGAAAAGUCUGCACCACUCAGACAGGAAACGGGAGUUUUCAAGGUGUUGGAAACCAUGGAAGAUGGCAGCACGGAAAGUGUACUUUGA